AAUUCAAGCGUCAGUUAGCCGCUGUGUAUGCUAACCGCUAAUAGACUCGUACACGAAGAUAUAAACAAACACUGUGUUUAUUCCGAUUUAAUAUUUGAUGAGAGUGAUCGGAUAAAGAGAUGGAAGCUGUGACGGAUGAAGACGCGUCUAAACUGUCUAAGAUAGAGCUUCGCAAACAGAAAUUGUCAGAAUACCUCGCCGCGAAAGGACGACUGAAAGCUCCCAAUCCAAAGCCGUAUCUCAAGGAGAAGCCUGUUGCCAAGAAGCAAGCUGAAAAUAACCAGAAGUCCAAAACUACGGCCGAAGGAAAAGAGAACCGUGGCAUCAAUGGCACAAAUAUAAAAGAAGUGAAGAGAGCGAAGGCUCCGGACGUUGGCACGUCCUCAAAGAAAGUGUCUGGCAUCAGUUCGCUAGCCAAAGCCCAAACGCAGCCAUCGAGUCGUUCCCGUAACCCUCAUCAGGAAGACUCUCGUGUUUUGAGCACGAAGAGCAAUAAAACCGCUUCAAUUCCAACGAAAGCCCACAAUGCUGAGAAAACUCGUUCUCAAAGAGUCCUUCCCAAAGCUGAGCACCCCGCUCAAACAUCCAGAACCGCCGUCAGUAACCCUUCACGGUCUGGACCGGGCCGCACCGAGACGCACGUCCAGUCGGCGAGGCCUUUGAGUAAAAAACCAACACAAACGGGCGUCAAAUCAGCCUCCGGUCUGACGGGGCGAAGGCCAGCGAUGGCAACCGAGACAAAACUGCAGAGAAAUGAUCCUAAAGCCCACGAGAAACCCACGCGGCUGCCCAGAAGUUCUCAAAGCGACCCGAAACCAAACCCAUCGGACAGAUCCCGUGAGACUCUCUUUGUCGAUGCCGCUAAAUCUAAAUCGAUCUCCAGGGCCUCCACGGCUCUCUCUAAACCUCCCCAGAUCCCCGGAAAUAAAGAACCUGCUGCUGUUAAACGAUCCAGGAGCUGUGUUCUCCCGCGGAAGACCGCUGCUCCUCCAGAGCUUCAGAAGACCUCCAUCCAGACCAAGCCUGCGCUUCAGCUGCAGACGCCCAGAUCCAGGCUCUGUCCCGGCGCUCAAGGGGUCCGGACGGCCCCGGUGGACGGGGCCAAGAAGCCCAGUGCCGCUCAGGAGGAGAGACUGCGGAAGCUCCAGGAGUGGCGGGAGUCGAGGGGCAUCACGUAUAAGCGUCCUCCGAUGCCUGUCCGGCUCCUCAGGAGGAAGACGGUGUCUGCUCUUCCUCAGCCGUACUGGACGUCUAUGGAGAGUGAAGAUGAGGUUCACGACGUUGUCUUUGCUGUGGACCGAUCGCUUGACGACUGCAUUCAGUUAUUACAGCAGGGUUUCCCGGCGGAGCGGGUCAGAGAUGUUUUGUCUCGGCUGCCGAUGGCACAGAAGUUCACCAAGUACUGGAUCUGUCAGGCCAGGCUCAUGGAGAGAGAGGGGAACCUGGAGGUGCUGCCCAUGUUUCAGGAGGCCAUCCGUGUGGUGAGAGAGCCAGUGGACGAGCUGCGAUCCGUGGUUUUUGAGAUCCUUAAAAAGGCACAGAUUCAAGGUUCGUCUCUGACGCCUGAAGAGCCUGGAGCGUGUGAUGAAGAGGAGGAUGAUGAUGAAGGGGUCGUGUGUACCCCAAAACCCAUCAGUGCCCUGAUCUCAGGAGCGAGGGGAGACUCGUCUGUCGUCAAGUACAAGAUCACAGACACCCCGGGAGGGAAGAGGAGUCAGCGAGGAUCCGGACGAGUGGACGGUCAUCAGCUCCGGUUCUUCACCCCGGUGCGCCGCUCGGUUCGGAUCCAGACCAGCGCUCGCCGUUAUCCCUCGGCUCUUCAGGAACACGAGCCCUGCGUCAGCUCCGUCUGUGAGCUGGAGCGUGAGGUCAAAGGUCAGAGCUCACCCGUGUACGCGUGUACCGCGAGAACGAAGCGCUGACGGACCGCGUUCACGUCACGCUGGUUUAUCCAGACGAGGAGGAAACGUGAUGAUGUUCAUCACCCUGUCAGUAGAUUUCAGGUCCAGCUGGUCAGAUAUGGGCUGACCGGUUCAUAUUUUCAUCUCCGGUGUGUACAGAUAACAUGAUGCUUGUGUGUCGCCAAAAACCUCUACAUGAUCUUCAUAACUUCAGCUAUAGCUCAUGGAGUAGACUAUAUAUAAUGUUGCUGUAAUUUGUUCUAAUUAAACACUCUUUUUAGGAA